AUGGCUGUUAAUGGCACUCUACACACAUUACCGACAAGAUCACUUGAAACGUCACUUGAAAAUGUUCAAACAAGAUAUUAUAACAAUAAAAAGGAUUUAACAAAAUCCAAUUGGAAAUUUGUAAUAUGUGCCGCUUCAUUUUAUGUUAAUGCUAUUGCAUGGGGUUUCAUUUCGUGUACUGGAAUAUUCGAAAAUGCAUUCAAAGAAGUUUAUGAUUUAUCAUCGUUUAUAAGCUCAUUACCAGGCUCAUUUCAAAUAUGUUCUAUGUCUGUAUUCAGUAUUCUCAGUUCAGUAUUGGCAACUAAAUAUAGUGUGCGAUGGACUACACUAUCAGGAGCAAUUAUAUCUAGUGUAGGUUCUCUAUUAGCAGCGGUUAUUGGGCGUUUUUGGUCAUAUUGUCUAUUUGGAGGACUUAUGGUUGGAUCGGGUGAAGCAAUCAUGUUAGUUCCGGCUAUUUUAGCUAUUCCUCCCUAUUUCAAUCAAAAUCGAGUAUCUUUAGCCACCGCUUCGGCGGUAUCUGGUGCUAGCCUUGGCAUGUCGUGCAUACCACUCCUUAUACAAUAUUUUUUGGAUACUUAUGGAUUGAAUGGUGCUUCACUGUUAAGUUCUGCUCUUUGGCUGUCUGUAUGUUUUUCUGCAUCAUUAUUCGGGCGUGGUGUGACCGGAGUCGAAGAAAGUGAAGACGAUGAAAUUAAACUGAGUUCAUCGUACAAACGAAAAGGCUCCUUACCACCAGUUAUGACUCGUCGUUCAACCAGUCCUGCUAUCAUUUUUAAUCAUCAUGAUUCUCGCAUGCCAAAUUCGUCUCGAACACCUCAUUCCCUUCCUGACAAGUCAUAUUCACAACAACAUUUAAAACCGGAACAAUUUAAUUCAUCAUUUGAAGUUACGAUAGCUGAUGGUGCACACAAAUUACCGAUAUUGCAACAAAUUACCAAAAAUUUUCCUACAAGCCAGAGCAAUCCACGGAAUAGUAGAAAUAGAACAAAACAACAGAUCAGUCCAAUGUCAAAUAACAGCUCAAAAGAAGAAUUUAGUUGUCUAUAUAACGGCACAUUUGGUCUAAGAAUAUCAAUGGAAUUAAUGAAAUAG